AUGGGUAACUGCCUUGAGACUUUAAGUGAUUGUUUUAAAGGUAGACAAAAAGAAAGAGGUUAUAAACUUGGAACCACCGAUGCAACCGAUGCAACAGAUGCAACAGAUACUUCAAUGAAAGGCACUGAUAGUUCAUCCAGGUCAGCAACAGCCGAAGCCGCUGAAAAAAGAGCUCAACAAGCACAAAACCGAGGAGUUCAAAAGGGUGGCGGAAAGCUAAGCAAAAGGUUGGACGAACGACAAAAAUCACCUGUUGGAUCGGACGAACACCCUCCUGAUUCAAACCUUGAC